CUCUCUCUCUUUCUCUCUCUCUCUCUCUCUCUCUCUCUCUCUCUCUCUCUCUCUCUUUGCCUAUUUUCCAUCUCUCAUGGAAAAUGGACUUAGUCUGAGGUUUUCAACAUAUUCUGUGCAACUUUUGGAUUCAAGAACUUUAACACGAGCAAUUCAGUUUUAGUGCCAUUUUUCAUUGCAUCUGUGGAUAUCUCUACUUCAUCAUUAUUUUUCGGGAAUUUCAGGUGAGCAGCUGGCGUGAAACAGGCGAGGGAGUGUUGUCUUGAGAGUGAGUUUGAAAAAAAAAAAAAAAAAAAGGCCGAGUGUGGACACCACCAGCCUCCUCGCCGACAGGACGUCCGAUUGGUCAGUGAGUGGUUGAAUCUCUCCAAGAUCACAGGACAAUAUGGAUCUGUCAAGAUAUUGUUGCAAGUUUGGACUUCUCCUCGUUUUGCUGGGAAUUCUUUGUCAUGCAGCCCAGAGCCAAGUGUGCCCCCACGGCUGGGUGGACUACCCGGGCAGUGAGUCCUGCUACCUCAUCUCUGACUACCAAGUCCGGUACAACUACAAGAUGGCGUCGGACCGCUGCCACACUCACGAGGGUCAGCUGGUGAAGAUCGACACGCAGAAAGAGAUGGAUUGGUUGGUUACCGAAAUCAACGCCCUCACAGCCACCUUUCUCCCACCUCGCAUGCAGUGGUGGGUAGGUCUUGAGGACGAAGGAAAAGGGGAAGGCUUCAAGUACCCAGACGGGGGAAAAGCUAAGACGACAAUCAUACCUUGGGCCAGUGGUUCCAUUCCGUCCGCCUCAUCUAGUCCAGUCUGUGGGUCAUACGUCAACGAGACCAUGAACAUUUCACCGUGCACCUCGUGGUUUGGACUCAUCUGUGAGAGGGAUAAAGCUCUCCCUAUCACUUGCAAUACAGACGAAGGCUGGGUUUUCCUCAAUGGAACAUGCUUCAAGUAUUACUCAGAGAAAGCAGGCUGGGAACAGGCCAGGUCAAAAGCUGUGCCUCUGUGUGGGGUCAUUGGUGGUGUCAAAACAAGACGGACGUCUUCAUGGCAGACAAAGCCUUGCUCACAGACCAACUCAUACGUUUGUAGCAAACCCCCAGGUGUAUGUGCAGAUGGUUGGGCUCAGCAUCAGUCGACUUGCUACAAGUUCUACCCGUACCGGAAGAAGGGGUGGGGAGAGGCAAGGAGCUAUUGUAGUGCACAAGGGGCUGAUCUUUUAGCAAUUUCUUCAGAGUCCAGCCAGAAGUUCCUAAAGUCUUUCUUCCAGACGCUCAAAAGUCUUGGAGUGAGGAGUAUUUGGAUUGGUCUGUCAGAUGCAGGGGUUGACCAGUCAAGCUAUCGUUGGGUGGGCGGGGCACCUGUGGAUGAUGGGUGGACCAAUUGGGCGCAGGCUAAACCUACUGACACACCUGGAAAGAAGGACUGCGGUUUCAUCGCUACAGCUGACCGGAGGACGAGGUGGAAAGUCACACCACAGUGCACGUUGGCCAGAUCCUUUGGCUGCCAGAUCUCUGUCAACACAGUGCCGAAACGACCCGUGCCACCAAAGAUGAAAAAGACAGGAAGCGUUCGCUGUGAGAAAUCUUGGAUAGCGGCCGGAGACACAUGUGUCUUUGCGAGCGAUCAGGACGCAGACUGGACUGCGGCUGGUCAUGCCUGUGACCAAAAACUGGCUAAGCUUCUUGUUCUGUCUGAUGAUACAGUCUAUACCGCUCUCAAUGCCAGUGGAUCAUUGACCACUGGUUCCUAUUGGAUUGGUCUGACUGACAGUGCUGCGGAGGGGAACUUUGUCUGGGUGGAUGGGACUCCGUUGAACCCUUCCUUGACUCAUUGGGCCAAUGCGGAGGCUCUGAACAGCACAGCUCAGAACUGUAUAUUCAUGAAGCGGUUCAAUGGCACGCUGAAAUGGGAUGACAAGAAAUGCAGUAGCAGAAGGAUGUUCCUUUGUCAAAAGCUCCCGUCUAACAAUGUUGCUACUCAAGCUCCAGUGACAACUACACCAGCACCGUUCAGCUCCAAAUGUGGCAGCGGCUGGGAGGAGCGAGCCGGCACAGACUUCUGCUACAUGUUCCCGGGGACUCAGACCACGUGGGCACGGGCGCUGGCUGUGUGCCAGGCACAGAACGGAAGUCUGGUCAGCAUCACCUCCAGAGCGGAGCAGAGCUACCUUCAAGGUCGCCUCCUGUCCGGGUCGUCAAGCUCGUAUUGGAUCGGAGCCUCCGAUCGAACCCAGGAGGCCGGGUGGUCCUGGGAGGAUGGCUCCCCAUUUGCCUUCCUCAACUGGCACACAGGUGACUGAGUCGGCCCUGACUACACCAGCCCCUUAUACCACCCCGUCAAACGUGCCAAAGGGAAAACACUACGGUUGUGAGCCUGGAUGGUUGUCUUAUCAGUCAAACUGCUACAAGAUUCAACCUACACCCAUGAAAUGGGAAGACGCAGAUAUUGCCUGCAGACAGGAUGGGGCGCACCUGGCCAGUAUCGACUCCAAAUUGGAGAACUCUUUUGUGUUCAGUCAGUUACCGAAAGAGAGCUGCACAAAUACCUUCAAGUACCCGUCAAACUGCACCGUUUGGGCGAAGAAUGAUGAGUGCCAGAAAAACCCUGCCUGGAUGUCGAAGCAUUGCACGUCUGCCUGUGGGUUCUGCAAAAAUGCGUGUGUGGACAAGCACACGGCGUAUGAAUGCCAGUACUGGGCCAAGGUUGGAGAAUGCGAUAAGAAUCCGACUUACAUGUUCCCAAACUGCGCUCUUUCAUGUGGGUGCAGCCGUGAACUGAAUCGUGGCUACUGGAUCGGUCUUAAUGACCGACAGGUUCAGAUGAACUUUGUGUGGUCUGACCUUUCACCUGUAAAGUUCACUGUCUGGAAGCAAAAUGAGCCAAACAACUACCAUGGCAGGGAGGAGGACUGCGUGAGGAUGUACACUCUGGAUGGGGAAUGGUCGGAUGAAAGCUGUGAUGGAUCUGCGUCAGGAUACAUUUGCAAAAAACCGAAAGCAAUAAUCGACACACCCACCAUCUCUCCAGACAGCGUUGGAUGCCCAAUGGGUGCAUUUGGUUACCAAGCUUCCUGUUACAUCAUAGUUGACACUCCCAAAACCUGGCAAGAUGCCAAAGCCUACUGCCAAAGCAAAAUGGGCCACCUAACAACCAUUCAGAACAGGAUUACUGGUGCGUUUGUAGCAUCUGAACUGGCUGGAAAGACUGCGUCAUACUGGCUGGGUCUCUCCAAUCCUGGAGACAAAUACGUUUGGGUCAAUGGUGCCCAGGUAAAAUACUUGCCUUGGGGGCCGUCUCACACAGGGAACGAGAAGAACUCAUGUGUAGCCAUACGUACACAGAAACCUUUCGGCCUGUGGGAAAAUCUGGAUUGUCAAGGGAAGCAACCUUUCAUCUGUGAGACCGGGCGUCGAGGAUUCACCACCACUCCUGUCCCUACCACUACCCCGCCCCCUGUCCCUACAACACCUGCGCCUUGCCCGAAUGGAUGGUCCGGACAUAAUGACUACUGCUAUAAAUUAUUCAAGGAAGCUGAAGACAAGAAGAACUGGCAGGCAGCUCAAACUUUCUGUGAGAUUUUUGGAGGCAGCUUACCGAGCGCCCAUGACAAGGCGACUGUUGACUUCAUUGGAGAUCUCACAGGUUAUUAUUACAACCCCGGAAAUAUCUGGAUUGGUUUGACGGACAAAGACAAGGAGGGCAGCUACGUGUGGUCAGAUGGCUCUCCGUUUGACUACGUCAGUUGGCACGAUGGUGAGCCGAACAAUAUUCAUGGGACAGAGGACUGCAUUCAGAUGACCCUAAGGACCGGUACAUGGAAUGAUUUCAACUGCUUCGCGGUGGCUGCGUUUGUUUGUUCAGUGAGGAGAGGUGUACCCUUUCCCAGCCCUUCUCCAACUGUACCGACAACACCAGCCCCACACUGCGGAGAUUCUGACUGGAUAUACCACAACGGGUUUUGCUACUUCUUCAGCCCUGACUACGGCGAAGACGCCAAACUGUCUUGGUUUGCUGCUCAUCGCUUUUGCCUCUCAAAGGGUGGAGAUCUUGUUAGCAUUACUUCCGAGCCAGAGAACGCCUUCCUGAUUCUGACGGCACAAGUCCUGCGCUCCGGAAAUACGGAUACAUACUGGGUGGGCUUGAACCAGAUGGAUCAAGAAAAUUAUGUGUUUCUGGGUAGAUGACUUCUGUUCAGAUGAGAGAGGGUACAUCUGUAAGAAAGUGAAUGGUACUUCGUCUCCCAACAUUCCGGUGCCUACGCCUGUGGUACCUGGCCACUGCCCUCAAGGUUUCCUAAGCAUGGGUGUGACCAACAAGUGUUUCAAAGUUGGCGGACUGGGCGAUAUCACCAACGAUCCUCCACUAGCAUGGGAAGAUGCCAGAGACACUUGUCAUAACAUCAGCGCUCCCAGCCGAGUGCAGAUAGCCAGCAUCAACAGCCAGCUAGAGCAAGAUUUUGUCACCCUUCUGCUCGCUGGCUUGACCUCUGACCUCUGGACUGGCUUGAACGACAAAAAGCGGCGUCACUCGUGGACCUGGCUGGACAACUCUGAGGUUGUUUACCUCAACUGGGCCGCCGGACAGCCCGGCCAGCACUGGUCCUAUCAUUCGUGGCCACCCCUGGAGUCACUACUGUCUCACCUGCGCCCACUCAGGUGUCCGGAGCAUCCUCGUGCAUGCCCAAUUUCUUCAGCUACAACUCAGGAUGUUUCAUGAUCGUCAAUCAGGACAAGACAUGGCAAGAAGCGCGCUCAGCUUGCCAGUUUUUCAAUGCAGAGUUGGCCUCGGUUCUCGACUUGUAUGACGCUGCUAAAUUGGACCUGGAACUCUACAACCACCAUGUUGGAUCUGCAGCUUGGAUUGGUCUCUAUUAUGAUCAGCCGACCAGUCAGUACCUGUGGACUGACAGCUGGCCCCUGGCCUCGACCUUCUGGUUGGAAUCUGACCCUGACCUUCAGACCAACGACAGCUGUGUGGCUUUCCAGAAUACUCAUUGGAAUGACACGUCCUGCGCAGAAAAAAAACCUUUCAUUUGUAGCAUCAGGCCUACCCCACCAACAACUCCAGCUUCAAGAGGUCACUGCGCAAAUUUCGACCACAUACCGUUUGGCGACUUCUGCUACCUGUCCUACCCAGACACCCAGGUGACGUGGUCUGAGGCCAACUACCAGUGCAGCGAGAGAGGCAUGGAGAUGGUCAGUGUGUCCAGCGCUGAGGAAGCUGGCUUCCUGUUGAGCCUGGUCAAUCUGGACCCCACGGAUACAGACUCUUCCAGCUAUUAUAUUCCUACCAACGUUUGGCUUGGCUUGCGUCGUGACUCUAAAGGAGCAUUUAGAUGGUCAGAUGACUCCCCAACGUCGUUUUUCAACUGGGAGGACAAAGAACCUAGUGCCAAGGCGGGAUCUUCAGCAGACACCUUGUCCGGCUAUGACGAGGAAUGUGUGGAGAUGUACCGUGAGUCGGGCAAAUGGAAUGACGUCCCUUGUUCUGGCAAGUCGAGAGGCUUUGUUUGCAGAGUUAGCCAAGUGUUCCCCACAACGCUGCCCCCAACAACGAGCACAACCGUCCCCCCCUCUCCCCCCACCAGACAAAGCCAGUCAGCACCUUCAUCACCCGUGAGAAGACCACAAAUUGGGCCUGUGGUUGGAGCAGCCAACAGCUCCAACAGCUUGACUGCCGGUCAAAUCGCAGGAAUUGCUAUCGGAAUUCUGGGACUGGCUGUCAUAGUAGCAGCAGCCAUCUUUAUCGUCUAUCGCCGGAAACACGCUGAUGACGGCAAGCUGGGACCACCGAUGGUAUCUAAUGGUGGCUUUGACAAUGCCCUCUACCAUCGCAAGAAUGGAGAUGAAAUAGGCUUCACCAAUGGAAACCCUAGUGGAAAGAUAGAAGGAGCAGCUGACAAAAAUGACAAAUCUCAAUCACAAGAAUUUUCAGACGCAUAGUAAUUGUUUUUAACUGCUGUUUACAUCAUUCCUUUUAUUUUUUUUUGCUUGUUUGUUUGCAUUAUCCUUUCAGGUAUUUUUCGCUUUCUUAGAUGUAGGAAGAUCAAAAUUUUGUACAUUAUAUUAUGAUUGCACCGAUGACAAAAUCAGUCCCAUGUUGAAAAAAAUAGCAGAAAUUUGAACUAAUCACAUGUAUUCAUAUUACAUUAUCUCCUCAUAAAAUGGACAUUUGCUAAUUUGAGCUAUGUUAUUAAGAAAUUGAAACAUAAGCAAUUGAAGUCGGUCACCCCACUGGUACCCAGUAUGUGUUGGAAGUUGAGACUUUGAAUUUUUUCCUUAGGUGGUUGGAAGGCAUCACUGGUUAACCCUACUUCUUUUCUUUCCCUCUGUUGCUUCAGUCUGUCUGUCUGUCUGUCUGUCUGUCUUGCUUCUUCCCCGCACUUCAUGACUGUUAUCGUGUGGGUGUGCUUCUUGUUUUUACUCCAAACUCAAAUUCAGGUGAUGCUAGAAGACGUUUUUAAAAAGCACCAGCGGGACCGCAGAUUUCGAUUUAAGAGGAUUCAAUUAUAUAUAUAUAUAUAUAAAUUGUAAAGCACAAAGGGAAUGUUGUAGAGCUGGGGUAUAAUAUAUGCUAUAUCGUCACUGCACUAGCAAAAUGGCAUAGCUCAGAGUUGUUUUUCAAGUAAAAGAAAUCAAGUUGUCCACUUUAUUUGGCAAUAUGUCAACUCCUGAUCUUGCCACAUCCGACUGAUUUUUUGCAACCGUGCCUCAUGUAUUGUGAUUGCACCAAUUACUUGUGUUCAAUGAGGAGAAUGUGGUGGAGUCGGUAGCCUAGUGGUUAGGCUACUGGACUCGUAAUUGUGAGAUUGCGGGUUCGGGGUUUGAGCCUCAGCUCGG